AUGAAUGACUUCACAUUGCCAACCGGGCCCAUAGCGCAAAGCAAUACCAGCUCCACCGGUCCCAUCAAGCCGAAAUGGUUUUUCACUGAAGAUGAACUCCGUCGAUCUCCCUCGUGUCUCAAGGGCAUCAGUACGAUGGAAGAGCAACGUUAUAUCCAAAGCGGCUGUCUGUUUAUUCGAACGAUCGCAGAUCGACUCAACGAGAUGCAGCCGGAAGGGAAAAUGUGAGUUUUUUGUUUUUGAAUCUUCGAAUUUUAGGUAUUAUGAAGAAGCAAAGUGAUGUUUAAUGAUCUUUCAGAUCUCAGCUUUGCAUAUGCGUUAGUAUGGUGCAUUUGAAAAGGUUCUUUGUGGUCCACACUCUCAAAGAUUUUGAUGCCAGGGUGAGUCUAGUACAACAUAAUUUUUGAUGUGAAGCUGGCCGGAAAAUGAGGAGAAAGGUUGAAUGUCAGUUGAAAGGAGACUCAAAGAGUAUUUUUAAUGCUGAUUUGAUCAUGAUUAUGGCCGAAAUUGCAUGUAAAAUACACUAUUUUUAUUGGUGUCAUAACCCAAUUUUUGUUGAUCUCAAAAGUCUUCAAUCCGAAAUAAAAUUACAAAACAUGCAUGUUCAGGAUGUGGGAGCUGCCGUUCUCUUCCUCACCUCCAAAUCCGAAGAAUGCCCGAAGCGUUUGGAAUACAUUGUUCGGACAUGGUACAAGCUCCGCGUCGAGCAUGAAGUACAUCAAAAAGAAGUGGAUCGAACCGCCGUAAUCAACAAGGAGACCUACCAUAAGCUCGUGGAAUACAUUGUAUGGAUCGAGAACAUUGUCUUGCAGACGAUUGGCUUCAAUUUUGCCAUCGAUAUUCCACAUCCGUUUGUGUUGAGAGCCAAGGAUUUGUUCCGCAAAAAUGACAACAAAUUCGCGGAGUUUGUGUUCUGGUUGACGACGGAUAUGUAGGUUGUGAGCUGAUAGGUUGACGGAUAAGAGGAUCAACGGUUUUGUCCAGUUUUAGCAUAAUUCGGAUAGAUUUUAUCUAGGAAAGUACUUCUAUGGGGUAUGCAGUUACUGGUCGAGACAUGUAUCAGAAAAUCGCAACAUUUUUCUGAUUCAGAAUUAUGUAAAAACUAGCUGCCCAAUUUUGGUUUUGUAAGGGCGAAAAAAACCGUCAGAACUUUUCUUGCAACACCACGCAAAUGCCCUUUUGACCAAGUUUUUACCAAUUCAAAAGCUUUGUUUGGGGCUAAAGUAAACCUUGGCAUCUUGACAAGCCUUAAAAUAUCAAAUUUGAUUAAUACUACAGCGUAAUUGGUAGUUCCAACACCACGCAAAUGCCCCCUUUUUUAUAUUGGAACUUCUAAUUAUGGUGUAGUAUUAAUCAAAUUUGAUAUUUUAAGGCUUGUCAAGAUGCCAGGGUUUACUUUAGUUCCAAACAAAGUUUUUGAAUUGGUAAAAACGUGGUCAAAAAGGCAUUUGCGUGCUGUUGCGGGUAAAGUUCUGAGGGGUUCUUCGCCCUUACAAACCAAAAUUGGGCAGCUAAUUUUUACAUAUUCUGAAUAAGAAAACUUUUGCGAUUUUUUUGAUACAUGUCUCGACCUGUAACUCCAUACCCCAUAGAAGCACUUUCCUUGUGAAAUAAGUUUUUGUCCUAAAGCAAUGUUUUUGAUGGAUUAGACGAUUGAAAUUGCGGAAGUAGGGUGUAUUAGCUGCCUUUUUUGGAAAUUUAGAAUAUAAAAAUGAUGUUGCCAAAAAAUUCGGGCAAAAUAUUAAAUUGUAAUGUUCAUUUUGCUCUCCUCUACCUGAUCUAUUGAUACCUCGUUUUUCAGAAUCCACAUAACGAAUUGGUGCAUUCGAUAUAAACCCUCGGUAAUUGCUGGAGCCGCAUUUUACAUGGCCAUCAUAUGGUCGGAACAUAAUGUAGGUUGGGUUACGGUAGUUUUAUUACUGUAGCUUAGUUUGUAUUCGAUUGUAUAAACAAGAAGACUUAUCUAUUGUUAAUUUCAGACCUCACUACCAGCGAGAGGAGCCAAAGGCGAGGAGUGGUAUCAGUGGUUUGAUCCGACUCUAACACAACAACAACUUGAAGGUAAAUUUUUUAAUUUUUUUGUGUUCAUACUUUAGAAGAAGAAUUGAAAAGGAAUGGGAGAAGUUUUGAUGACAGAAUUCGAGUUUUGGGACUAAUUUUCGACACAAAAAUUAUGUUUUGAUGUCAAGUGUAAUAUAAAUUUUGUGAGCAAAAGGGUUAUUUGAUCUCUAGAACGAUCCAAUUGGAUGAGUCUUUCGAUAUAAAGACGUUUUGCACGUGUUAAAAAGGACUUUAGUCGGGUUUUAGAGUAAAAUAAUAUUUGAUGUCAAGUACAAUAUAAUUUUCGUUUUCUGCUUGGUUUAAGAUUUUUUUAUUGGUCAGUAAAGGAGAUUUUUGUAAGGAAAAUAUGAAACUCUGUGUCUUUUACAAAAAAUUGCAAUUUUUUGCAGACAUGUCCAACGAAUUUGUGCAGCUUUGGAAACACGCCGAGCUCCGUCAGAUGGGCAAGAUCAGUAAAGUGGACCAUCAGGCCCUGGCGGAACGCAUACAACGCAACUCCUCGAGUAACUCAACUCCCAACACGAACACAACUAUCUCAUCAUCAUCUCCAGCAUCAUCAUCAUCAAGACCGAAAACAUCGGAGUCGUCGAGAAAUCGCUAA